AUGGUUAAGACCCUUGGGGUCUCCGGGCUACACAUUGUUCCUGGUUUCCAUAGUAGAAACAAGUGCGAGCGCCAUCACAAGCUCCUCCCCAAGGCUUUCCACCUGGUAAGAUCUGGCUUCAACGCGAGCAUCCUGAUGAAGAUCAAAGAACUCUACCGGAGGCGAUAUCCCCGUAAGAUCCUCAACAGCGGUGACCUGACCAUGCUGCACAUGCAGGCCGGGGCCAUGCCCAGCGCCGGCCCCUUGACUCAAGGGACGGUGUGCCACAUGGGCUACGACACCGGCACAAUGACGGCCAGCGUCUCUUCCUCCAUUAUGUCGCCGAUGCCCUUGCUGAGCCCAAAGCACGAGCCGGACAUUCAGCACCUGUCCCCGCCCAUCCACCCCGUGCACCCGGACGUCAAGAUGAAGAGGCUUCCUUUUUACGAUGUUUACGAUGAACUUAUCAAGCCCACCACACUCGCUUCAACAAACUCCCAGCGCUUUGAAGAGGCCCAUUUCAGCUUCGCAUUAACCCCCCAACAGGUCCAUCAGAUCCUGACAUCCAGGGAUACACUGCCGGGUGCGAAGUGUGAUUACACAGUACAGGUUCAGCUAAGGUUCUGCUUGUGUGAGACCAGCUGUCCCCAGGAAGACUAUUUCCCCCCUAACCUGUUUGUGAAGGUGAACGGAAAGCUUUGCCCACUGCCGGGCUAUCUUCCUCCCACCAAGAACGGCGCAGAACCCAAACGGCCAAGCAGACCCAUCAACAUUUCACCGCUGAUCCGCCUGUCCUCCACCGUUGCCAAUAAUAUUGUGGUGAACUGGUCGUCCGAGUUCGGGAGAAAUUACUCUCUCUCGGUGUAUCUGGUGAAGCAGCUGACGUCGGUCACUCUGCUGCAGAAACUGCGGGCCAAAGGCAUCCGGAACCCGGACCACUCCAGAGCGCUGAUUAAAGAAAAACUGACGGCCGACCCUGACAGCGAAAUCGCCACCACCAGCCUGCGAGUGUCUCUGAUGUGUCCGCUAGGUAAGAUGCGCCUGACGGUGCCCUGCCGCGCCCUAACCUGCACCCACCUUCAGUGCUUUGACGCGGCGCUGUACCUGCAGAUGAACGAGAAGAAGCCGACCUGGACCUGUCCGGUGUGUGACAAGAAGGCGCCGUAUGACAUGUUAAUCAUAGACGGCCUCUUCAUGGAGAUCCUGAACUCCUGCACGGACUGCGACGAGAUCCAGUUCAUGGAGGACGGUUCCUGGUGUCCGAUGAGACCCAAGAGGGAGAAGCAGGAGAUGUGUCACACGCCAACUUACAAUACCAUUGACACGGGCAUGCUCUACGACCUGAGCGCCGACUUCAAGCACAGCGCCGAGACCAAAAAAAAGGUGGAAGUCAUCGACUUGACCCUGGACAGCUCGUCCGACGAGGAGGAACCCCCGGCAAAGAGGACCUGUCCCAUCACCUCCACCAUCAUGCCUUCUUCUCUGGGGUCUAAAGGGGUGAUCAGCAUCGACCAUCAAACGUCAUCCGUCUUGAGGAGCCCUCCGCUGACCACAAUAGGCAGCGACUACCUGUCAAGUCUCCCCAUCCCGGACUACCAUCGAACUUUCCCAGUACCAAGUGAACUUCAGGGACUCGACCUGUUCUCUUUCCUCCAGACCACCGACAAUCAGCAUUACAGCCCCUCGGUCAUCACCUCCUUGGACGAGCAGGACACUCUCAGCCACUUCUUCCAGUACCGGCCCACACCUCCGCAUUACAUGAGCCCCCUGACCCAGGCCAUCACCGGAACCCACGGAACCAGCAACGGCGCCAGCCGGAUAAGCAGCAUCGUGUCCACCAGCACGUUACGGGAAAACCACGCCCACAGCGCCUCGCAGAACCCCUCCUCCACCAUACCAGGGUGCCGACCGGACAUUAUAUCUCUGGACUGAGCGGUGACAACCUCACAAACCUUCUU